AGUCAUUUCAUUUAAAUGUAUGAUUUCCUAAUGAUUUACUCUUUAUCUUUUACCAUAAUUUUGAUGACAUGUGUGAGUCACAUUCUGUGUCUUAAAAAGCCAUGUCAGUAAACUUUGUUCCUGUGCAGUCCUUCCAUAAAGAGGAAGUGAAAACUUUAGGGUUUUUUUGCACCCAGACACCACAGUCAGCACAUAUACUUUGGCAGAAUGAACAUCUCACAUGAACGGUCUCCGUUGGAGGAAAUGGCCCUUGAGGAAUUUGAUGGUGGAACAGUGGUGGCGUGUGUGAUCCUGGGUCUGUCCUUCUUGGUUGGUGCUCCUGGCAACCUGCUUGUGAUCUGGACCAUCCUGAAGCAUGUGAAGAAGCGCUCACACACAGUGGUUCUCAUCUUGCACCUUGCGGCGGCAGAUCUGGUGGUCCUCAUUACACUCCCUCUAUGGAUCUACUCCCUCGCACAGUCCUGGGUCUUCGGAGUGACAUGCUGCAAAGCCAUGGUGUUCGUGAUCAACGCCUGUAUGUACAGCAGCGUUUUCCUCAUCACGCUCAUGAGUGUGGAGCGUUUCGUCGCCGUGCGUUAUCCCUUCGUCUCUGUAGUUUGGAAGAAGAAACAAGCCUUGAAUAAAGUCCUCCUUGCCCUGUGGUCAGCAGGGUUCCUGUUCAGCAUACCUAUUAUUCCGACUCAAACUAUCGGGGUGGACGAUGGUAAGACGCAUUGCCUGUAUCGCGAGUAUACUUCUGACACUCAAGAGCUGGUGUGUUUGUUGCUAGAGACGGUGGUGGGAUACAUGCUGCCCUUCUCCAUUCUUGUGGUCUGUUAUGGGUGUUUGUGCAGUCGUAUAACUCAGAUGAACUUCAGGUCCAAACGCAAGUCCACUGUCUUGAUUGCAAGCGUAGUGGUUGCGUUUGCUAUUUGCUGGACACCACAUCAUAUAGGAAACAUCAUCUCCAUCGUUAUUCUGGCCAUUGAUGACUCAGAGAGUAAUAUAGCACUUAACCUGGAAGCUGCUAGACAAACCAUGGCAUUUGUAGCGGGAGCAAUGGUCUUUAUCAGCAGCAGCAUUAAUCCUGUCCUGUACAUGUUUGCGGCCCGCUCCUUCAGGGAGUCGCUACGUGACACCGGCAUCCAGAAACUCUUCCGCCACAUCUCCAGCACCUCGCCGGGUGAGGGAAACAGGGAGAUAUCCUUUGUGUCGAGGAGACAAAGCAAUCAGACGAACUGCUCUCAGCUUAUGACAGAGUCAAAAGACGAUACUAAUAUGUAUUGAAGUUGUGUGUAAAUAAUCAUUUUCCUGAGAAUGAAAUGUGUGAGGUGUUUUGCAUUAAACCCUCUUUUAAACGAACCCUCAACAGGUAAAAAACAACAGAUAAACAACAUGUCUCUGCUGAUCUAUCCAGUGCAUUUACAUUUCUUUCUGCUCUUAAUUUAUUUAUGAAACUUUAAGUAUUAUGUAUGCUGUAUCCCUUGUGCAAAUAUCUUUUAUCAUAAAAAGCAAUACAUUUAUAUAUGAACGAAAAUGAAUUAAAAAGUUUUUUAA